UUAAAAACGAAUCCCAAAAACGGAUGUUCGUGUAAAGAAUGAGUCACGUAGAUUUACCCCACCAUAACGUUCCAAUCGCGUAGCUGCCUCAGCAUCCCCGAAAGAGGUACGAAAGUAUAUAAGAUUCGAGCGGUCUCGGUAAAAGCACAGACCAGUGUUGUAUACGGAGAAAGUGUUCCGUGGUGAACAGACAUCGUAAGACGUUCACAAGGUGUCUCAGAAAUUCCGUAUUAUUCUCAGCGUGUUCAUUAAAAACAGAAUGAAAAGCUGGCCCAUUCUGUUAGCGUGUCUAACGACAUGCACGCUGGCAACUCAAGUGACAUAUCAAACGUCAUCUUCAUCACAGAGUUCCAGCAGUACGAACCAACAGCAGCAACAAUGGUCUUGGCAAGGUCAAGAUUUACUUGGUGCUCCUAACACGCAAGAAGAAUCUUAUCAUCCUGUUUCGUUCACUGCACCCGAUGCUGUCAAACAAGAACAGUCGCAACAACAGCAACCAUACAACCCUAAUGUUCAAUCGCAAUCGAGCGGAGUCGCCGAAGCAUUCGACCAACGAACGGUAGAUUCUGUGAUCGAUAAUAUUCUCAUCUAUAAUCGACAGGGACGCAAUCUCGAAGGUUACGAUGAGCUCUAUGCCGAUCCAGACGUGAAAAAUGCUCUUCAAUUAGGGAACGAUACCGUAGCGCGUAGUUACAUCAAAGAGAAAUUAUGUUCUCUCGGUCUUAUGAACUGCGAAAAUCUGGAAGGUCGUCGUCCAUACUACUCGCCUCACCGUGAUAUCCAUCCUCAUGACGUAAUCUAUGCUCAACCCGUGACGAUAAAACCCGUUGGUCGUCCGUUACCAGCUGUGCCUGUGAAACGACCAUAUAGAUUUGGAAAACCAGAAUCACUAUCGCCUGGUUUCGCUCCUGGACCAAUUUUGUCAGGGCCACCACCGUCUUUCAUUGGAGCUGGACAUGGACCAAUCUACUCAAGACCACCAUCAAGUUUUCUCGGGUCACAGAUUGGUCUGAAGAAACCCGGUGGUGGACCGAUCUACGCUACGAAACCAAUUUAUGAGCCUGGCUUGGACGCUGAGGUCGAUUUCGAGAAUAAAUAUCUAAAUAAGAAACAAGUGAUCCUACAGCAACCAGGUGGUCCUGUGCAACAACACGUUCAUCAUCACUAUCACCAUGGAGAUUCGAUUGAUAACGCUGGGUCAACUCCGAUAAUCGGACCUGGACCUAUUGGUAACAAUGGUUUUAACGCUUAUGGCUAUGGCAACGGUGGUUCUUACGCUGGCACCAUCAACGACUUCGAGGACUAUAGAAAGAACUUUAAAAUCAAGACAUCUAGCUCGGGUAACAAUUUGAACGAAGCUGCAUCGUCUAAUAGUUACGCGAAUGCUUUUUCAACUUACGAAAAAGUGAAGGGUGAUUCCACAGUCGGUGGAUCUAAUUCAUUGCAUACAGGAAAACAAUAUCCUGGUUUCGGUGCAAGCAAUCCGUACAUAGCCAAUAAUAAUUUUGCUUCGAAUGGUAAUAACUUCGCCGGUAAUCUUGGAUCACUUGAAAAUGCUUUCAACAAUGGAUUGUCGUCGUCGAGUUACGAAGACUGCGUGUGCGUACCUUACGAACAAUGUUCAACCAUCGACCAUGUUGGUCGCAAGGACGAUCUUUACCUGGCGAUCGAUCCUCGUAAUCUUGGGAAAAAUAUCGAAGCUGAAACCGUUGAAGUUGUUAUCACCGAUGGAAAUGGUACAAUGAGUAUCGUAAAAGUCCCGAAGGGAGUAAACGCAACUAAUAGUGUUGGCCAUCGCAAAGAACAAGAUAACAACGGUGAAAUAUCAGAUUCCGAGGAAAAUAAUGAUUUCGUCGCAAGCGACAAGAGAACGAAGAGGGAUACCACAAAGAGGGCUGAACAAAAGGAGGAAAAUAAAGUAGAAGCUCAAAGCAGACAAUUUGGUCGUCCACCAGUAUGCGGUCCACGUCAUGUAUGUUGCCGAAGUAGCCACGUAAUUGGUUCGCGACCACGACCUGGCCAAUGCGGUACCAGAUACACGAAAGGCGUUAACGCUAGGAUCAAAACGCCAGCUUACAUCGACGGAGAUUCUGAAUUCGGUGAAUAUCCUUGGCAAGUGGCUAUAUUGAAAAAGGAUUCUACCGAGAGCGUUUACGUAUGCGGUGGAACAUUGAUCUCUCCCCGACAUAUCAUUACUGCUGCGCAUUGCGUGAAAACCUAUGCUGGACGUGAUUUGCGAGCUCGUCUAGGUGAAUGGGACGUCAAUCACGACGUAGAAUUUUAUCCAUAUAUCGAACGAGAUAUCGUUAGCGUUUACGUACAUCCCGAGUUCUAUGCUGGCACUCUUUACAAUGAUAUCGCCAUCCUAAAACUCGAUCAUCCAAUCGAUUUCGAUAAGAAUCCACAUAUCACUCCUGCCUGUCUUCCAAACAAACGUGACGACUUUAACGGAGCAAGAUGCUGGACGACCGGUUGGGGUAAAGAUGCUUUCGGCGAGUUUGGCAAAUAUCAAAAUAUUUUGAAGGAAGUCGACGUGCCUAUAAUAAAUAAUCAAGUCUGUGAAAGUCAAAUGAGAAGAACGAGACUCGGAACAAGCUUCAAUCUUCAUCCUGGCUUCAUCUGCGCCGGAGGUGAGGAAGGCAAAGAUGCUUGCAAAGGCGACGGCGGUGGUCCCAUGGUAUGCGAACGCAAUGGACAAUGGCAACUUGCUGGCGUCGUUUCUUGGGGCAUUGGAUGCGGUCAAGCGGGUGUUCCUGGUGUCUAUUCUCGCGUUUCCUUCUAUCUCGAUUGGAUACGACAAGUGAUCGAUCAAUAUUAACCACUCAUUGAAUUGAAUUAUUCUUCUCGAAAUAAGUUCUCGGAGUCGAAUUCCCUAUCGAAAAAAUAUUGUGAAACACGUCAUUAUUACUAUUAUUUAUUUUGAUAGACCUACGUGAACGAAAUCGUCUCUCUCUCUCGAAGUUAAAUUUCAUUUCACCUAUUGCUUUUAUUAUUUUUCUCGAAUUAGCAAUCGAAACUAAUUUCAUUAUUUCUUUCGAUACCUACAAAUAUUCUUCUCUCGAUAUUAAUUUGAUCUUUUUAUAAUACAUUCCUCCGAAACAAUGUUAUACUUAAGAAAUAAUUUAUUGUAUAUAUUUUGCUGGAAAUAACUCGGGCUUAUAUUUAGAUAUGUUUAUUUAAUGACUUUGUUCGAUUCAUGCUGUUAUCGUGUGACAUCGAAUAUUUGAUGAAAAAUGUGAUUCGGACUUGAGCGAGUUCGGAUCGAGAAGUAAUGCAUUUUCUUUGCAAUUUAUUUAUAUUUCUAUCAAUAAAUAAUCAUCUUAUAAUAUAUA